AUGUACUUCAGUAGAAUUGUCCGAAAGAUAAAAAAAGAAAGAAGCCAACUCCGGGUGCUUGUGCUUGGCUUGGAUAAUGCAGGAAAGACCACUGUCCUACACAAACUCCUUGGAAAAGCGAUAGAACAUGUGCAACCAACCUUUGGGUAUCAGAUCUACGAUGUUACCUAUAAGACGCUUAGCCUGAUAAUUCUUGAUGUAGGUGGGCAGUCAAUGUUUGUGGAGUAUUGGUCGAGCUACUACGAAGACGUGGACGGAGUUGUGUUUGUGUUUGAUUCAAGCGACCGGCGAUCUUUUAUCGAGCAUGUAGGGCAUAUUAAGUCUACUCUUGUAGACACGCCUAUGUUGAUAUUGGCCAAUAAAUCGGAUCUCAAUCCUACAUUUGAUCCCAGGUCAUUUGGAAACGACUUCUGUGAGUUUCUUGAAAAAAACGAUGUUAAACUUUCGAAAUGCUGUGGAUUAUCUGGAGAUGGACUAGAGGAGGGGUUUGACUGGAUGAUAGGCAGAGCAAUGAAAGGGCUAAUGGUGGACGAAGAAGAGGAAAAGAAAAUGGAGCAGGAGAAGAUAUUUGGGUAG